UUGCAGCAUCUUCGUAAAAAUAAAAAUGGGAUUUACGUUUCUGGAGACACUGACUUUGGAACAUUGACUUCAGGAGAAGUCAAACUUCGUGAAGUUUGGGUGAGAAACCACGGUACUCAGAUCCAAACUUUACGGGGAUGCCAUAUCCACGGUCAGAGUAAAAUGUUUUCUGUCAAGGGUAUCAAGUUCAUAUUUGAACAUGCCCACUUUUCAGCCAAUGGAAAGAAGCGAAACCCUGAUGUAGCAGCCAAUGAAAGUGCGAUUUUAUACCCAGCCAUGGGACUGUACGUGGCUGUGGUGUGUGAGGCAAGUUACAUAGGCAGUGAAGAGCAGAUGUUGGUGUUACAGUUCAAUGGAUUCUGUAUAGGGCAACGGCUGUCAGUCAAUGUCACUGACCCUCAUCAACUUUACAUAGAGCCAGUCCCAAGCAACAGUUACGAGGGGAACCGCUCUGAGACAUUUCAGCGUGCUCGCAGUGGCAAAAAUGUUGGAUGGGUUGUACCUGGUCAGAGACCUAUCAACAGGUUUCGUGGUCGCUUCCAGCUACCCCAGCGCCUACCACAGUUUCCUGUCCCUGAUGAGCUUAGAGACUGUGUGUUUGACCAGGGAGAGUUGACAGAAGUCCGUCCACACCUGCAACAGGAGCUGUCCAUGGAUUGUUACACAGGUAAAUUCCACACCUUACUACACCUGGAGGAGAUUCAAAUGGAUAUUGACAUCAGACAGUUUGAUCUGGAACAGGUGUGUCUUCGUCGCGUGGGGGAGUUUCUGUGCCUGGGGGUCCCGGAUCUGGCUGAGGGUAGGCCCUCCCUCCUCAUCGGUGACAAGGUCAUCCUAUCCGAGCCAGGCUGUAUGGAUGGACUGAGCUACGCGGGUUACAUUCAUGAGGUUCUCAGUGAAGAAGUUCUCGUGAAAUUUCAUGGCAGUUUUCACCAGAAUUUCCAGGGAGAGAGUUACGAUGUUGUCUUCACGUUUAACAGGUCAACUAUACGCCGAUGUCACCAGGCUGUUGAUAUGGCCUUACAGCUUAGCGAGCAAGUGUUAUUCCCUGAGGAAGUUGUGCCCAAGCUGCCCCAGUGGAUCCCCCAGUGUCGAGAAUCCGAGAUGGUGAUGCCUGUGAACAGGACGCCUGCACCUGGAUCCCAAGGUCUCAGGAAGCUAAAAUCGGGGCCCCUGGAACUGUUUAACACAUGCCUCAACCAACGUCAGCAGGAGGCUGUGAUUCGUAUAGUGUUGGGACAGGGGCGUCCAACUCCUUACAUUCUGUUUGGGCCUCCAGGAACGGGGAAGACUGUUACAGUUGUGGAAAGCAUCCUUCAGAUCUUCAUGAAGGUGCCUCACAGUCGUAUCAUCGCUUGUACUCCUUCCAAUAGUGCUGCCGAUCUUCUGACAGAGCGAUUACAGCAAAGUGAGCAGCUGACAACAGCUGACAUGGUUCGUAUAAACGCGCUACAGCGGACAGAAGAGAGCAUACCUGACAGCAUUCGACCCUAUUGUUAUGAUGACACAAACCUGCAGAUGGUGUCGCAUUACAGGAUAAUUGUGUGCACCUGUGCCUCCGCAGGAAUGUUGUUGUCAUUAGGGAUCAAAGUUGGCCAUUUUACUCAUGUGUUUGUGGAUGAGGCAGGCCAGGCCACCGAGCCAGAGUGUUUAAUUCCCAUUUCUCUGAUUGGUCAGUCAGAUGGACAGAUUGUGCUGGCGGGUGACCCUCAUCAGCUUGGUCCAGUCUUGGCCUCAAAGUUUGCUAAAUCCCAUGGACUGGAGCUCUCUCUUCUAGAGAGGCUCACCCUCAUGCCAGUCUACCGUCGAGAUGUGUCCAGAUUUCAGCACGGCUACAACCCACUUCUGGUGACGAAGCUCGUUGACAACUACCGUUCGCAUGAAUCUCUGCUGCGUCUGCCCUCACGUCUGUUCUAUCAUGACGAACUUUGUGUCAAGGCUGACCCUGAACUAACUCACAGCUUCACUGAUUGGUCGAAUCUCCCCAUGAAAGGCUGUCCUCUCAUUUUCCACGGUGUUCGGGGAGAAGACAUGAGAGAUGGGAACAGCCCAUCGUGGUUCAACCCCGCAGAGACUGUUCAGGUGAUUCAGUAUGUUCAGAUGUUGUUACAUGAAGAACCGCACAGGAUAGCCCCUGAGGAGAUUGGCAUCAUCACAGCUUACAGAAAACAGGUGGAGAAAAUUCGUCUUUUGAUGGAAAAGUUGGGAAUCCCGAAAAUAAAAGUUGGUUCAGUGGAAGAGUUUCAAGGUCAGGAGAGGAAAGCUGUAAUCAUUUCCACGGUUAGAUCGACCGAAAACUUGUUGCGUUUUGACGUGCGUCAUAAUCUAGGUUUCCUGUCCAAUCCAAAGAGGUUUAAUGUUUCUAUCACAAGAGCCCAGGCCCUUCUCAUUGUUAUUGGCAACCCAUUUGUCCUCUCUCAGGACCCAUAUUGGGAGCCUCUGAUUGGCUACAGCGUGGAGUCCGGGGCAUAUACAGGCUGUGAUCCUCCAGAUGAUCACAACAACAACAACAACUAGAAUGGUGAUCAGGAACAGAGGUCAUGGACAAAAACAGGGACAUUGCCAAUACCUUCCUGUAAUGACAUGAAUAUGGAAUUUUCUACGUGCCACAUUUAUGAUACUACAGUGACAUCACUUUGGGAUAUGAUGUCAUUGCUUUACAGCAUGGUGUCGCGUGAAUCGGUGUGUUUUAAAAUGGGCCUGUAGCCUAUAUACAAUAUUUAAUGUUAUUCUUAAUUAGUGGCUAAUUUUCUGAAAUAAUUAUUUAGAGGGAUUGCAAGGUAAGUAGGGAAAGUAAAGUUCUGUUCAUUGGAUAAUUUUCAGGACUGUUUAUAUGUACCCUGUGUUAAAAUUAAGUGAUAAUAACCCACCAUGGCGUGAGGCAACGAUGUCAUACCACAGAGAGACAUCACUAUGACAACAUAGCGUCACAAGUCAAAUUCUCAUAUUAACUCAUC